AUUUCACUCUUAAGAUGGUUUGAAAGCCCUGGACAUCGAUCCCAGUGUAAUUACAGUUCGCGAAACAUGGCUCAGAGUUACAGUCGUCAGUCUACCUGUUUAACAAUUUGUAAAACUGUGCACACUGAGCAAAUUACAUAUUGCCACUUGAGAAAAUACCGAAGAAGACCGAGUCUGUGUUGUUAACGCCCCAGAGGCACGUCUUGUCCCAAGUACACCCAUAGUGGCUUGUUUUGGGGGGCAGCUCUAACAUGUUCGUAGGGGAACAGCACAUGAGGUGAGCUGAGAAGCUCGUCCUGCCGUCCUCCUCCCCUCCUCGUCCCCUUCUGCCUGUGCACACUCUAUGCUCACCCUGGAAAAAAUGCAGAGUGACUGGCACAGAGAUGCAUUCUUGUUCCUCUCUGAAAGGCGCGAGGUGUUGCCUGGAAAGCCAUUGACCGCAGUCACUGCAUUUCCCACUGUGUGAUAAUCUCUGUUCUUGGAAGCCGGCCUUCCCCUUUAUCCUGUUGUCUGGAUUACCUGGGCCUCGGAAGGGUUAUCUUUUCAUAGGGAAGAAGUGACUCGUCCCCAGGGACGUAUGGCAGUUUCUCUAGUGCAAGGGCAGGUUUUGCUUCCCAAUGUCUUUUCAAGGUCAAGGGUAAUGCUCUUUUGGCCUCUCAGGUUUACCAACUCCUGAGGCCCCUCCCUCUGGGCACUGGUUUCUUACUCUUCAAAUUUAUGCAUGAUAAAGGGGAGCUCAUGGAAAAUCUUUUUAUAGAAAUGAACAUAUUGUUUCUAUCUCGGCCUUUCUAUUUUGGGGGCAGGGAGAAAGGGAAGAUGUGAGGCUGCGUCACACGUUUGAAGCAUAGACCGAGCCCUGCCCGGAUGAGAGCUCUGUGUCCAAAAUUGACAAAGCUUUUUGUGACACAGUCAACGAGAGAGGGGAUGUUUAAGGCAGUGAAAUGCGUUCAAGCAACAAAACGGCCCCCAAACUAAUUUUUUUUUUUUUAAGUAUUACUGAAAAUUCCAACCUUUGAAAGGGUCGUUGAAAAGCCGGGCGUCAUGAUGACGGAGCGCUUUGACUGCCACCACUGUGAAGAAUCUCUCUUUGGCAAGAAGUACAUCCUGAGGGAGGAGAGCCCCUACUGCAUUGGGUGCUUUGAGGCUCUCUACGCCAGCACUUGCGAGGAGUGUGGGAAGCCCAUCGGCUGUGACUGCAAGGACUUGUCCUACAAGGACCGACACUGGCAUGAGGCCUGUUUCCACUGCUCGCGGUGCAAGAGCUCGCUGGUGGACAAGCCCUUCGCUGCCAAGGAGGACCAGCUGCUCUGCAUGGACUGCUACUCCCACCAGUACUCGUCCAAGUGCCAGGAAUGCAAGGAGACCAUCAUGCCAGGUACACGCAAGAUGGAGUACAAGGACAGCAGCUGGCACGAGACCUGCUUCAUCUGCCAUCGCUGCCAGCAGCCAAUUGGCACCAAGAGCUUCAUCCCUAAGGACAACCAGAACUUCUGUGUGCCCUGCUACGAGAAACAGUAUGCCUUGCAGUGUGUUCAGUGUAAAAAGCCUAUCACCACGGGAGGCGUCACGUACCGGGAGCAGCCCUGGCACCGGGAAUGCUUUGUGUGCACGGCCUGCAAGAAGCCGCUGUCGGGGCAGCGCUUCACGUCCCGGGACGAGUUCGCCUACUGCCUGAGCUGCUUCUGUGACUUGUACGCCAAGAAAUGCGCCGGCUGCACCAACCCCAUCAGCGGACUGGGUGGCACAAAGUACAUCUCCUUUGAGGAGCGACAGUGGCACAACGACUGUUUUAACUGCAAGAAGUGCUCCCUCUCCCUGGUGGGGCGAGGCUUCCUCACAGAAAGAGACGACAUCCUGUGCCCGGACUGUGGGAAAGACAUCUGAAGUCCACACCGCUGACUGCUGGCGACACUCACGGAUUUAUGUACGCUCUCCUUCUCAGCCAGGCAGUAUUGUGUCUGGUCUCCACCGGCCGCGUCGAGACUCUCCUCUUGUGCUUUUCUCAGUGAUAUCCACGUUUGUUUAAACCCUUUAAUCCUUUGUACUAGUUCAGUCCCAGGGAAGGAGGAAACCCCUGUGUAAACCCUCGGUGGGAAGCUGGUUUUGGAGUUUUGUAAUCAAGCAAGGCAAAUCCAAGUGCAAAAAUCCUUUCGAAUGACAGCUUUGUAAAUGUAUCUUUCUUUCACUGCGUAUUUAAUUUUUAAGUGCAAUUAACAUGUCACGAACUCGAGUUUCCCAAACCACACGAGAUAAUGCAGAGUAGGUAUUUACAAGUAUGUAACUUCCUGUCACGUGAGCCCUAAAGCAAGAUUAUACAGCUUACAAUAAAGCUAUCCAGAACAAAAUGGC